GCCGUUGCCGCCAGUCACCGACGGGGGGAUGGGGGAGUGGCCUCUCCGGAUGAGGAUGAGGAGGCCACUGCCGCCGCCGCUGCCCACGAUCCGUUGCUCCCGGCGGAUCAGCAGCUGGCGGAUGCGGUGGUGCGCGGAAUGGGAUUGGGAUUGACUACGACGCGAUCUGAUUUAUCCGAAAGUGAGCACCCAACUGCACAUGGCACUGGCGCCAUCCGUCGCACACCCUCCACCUCCAGCGAGGAGGAGGAGGAGGACCUCGAGGACCACGAGCUGGUGCCUUCGCCCGAUCUGACAUCGGUGGAUAGAUCGGAGCGUUACUCCGACAUCAGGCAGCUGCUGGCCAGACAGCAGCCCGUCGCAGCCGCGCUGGAGGGCAUCUCCGGCGCCCAAUGGAUAGUGGGCGACGGCUACGACCUGGAGGCCUUCAACCAGGUGAACGGAGUGUGGCCCCUGGGUCAUCCGCUGCCGCUGCCCGACUGGUCGAGCUCGGAGUCCGCUGGCAAGGGCACCCUGAUCUUCGACAACGUCUGGCAGUAUGAGGAGCUGAACGGAAUAGUGGAGACCACGCUGCAGCGAAUGCUGGAGGAGACGCACUACAAUACGGUCAACCUCUUCGUCGACUUCUAUCGCAGCUUCAAGCGCACCCGUCGCUCCGAUCUGCGCAGCUUCUUCCAGUUCUACGAUGUACCCAUCAACAGACGCCAUCACAUGUGCGUCUCGCUGGCGUUCGAGAUCAUGGCCAGGAUGGUGCAGAUGUUCCCGGUGCUGGCCAACUACCUGUACGUUGUGUCCUGCGAGGAGCAAGUGAUGGACUGCAACGACUACGUUCAGCUGGACGAGGAGUGCGGCCUGAAUUCGGUGGACGCGGGUGUGGAGAAGGAGCACGUCAUGGUGGCCAUGCGCAUUGCCAUCGGCGAGCGACGGGGUGUGAUGAUCCUUGACCCAGGUUACCAUGUCAGCCGGGCGGUGACUGUUAUGCAGGAUCAGAGCUAUCCGCACACUGGCUGGUUCACCCAAUCCAAGGAGCCGCAUCUGCAGCGUGAUUAUUGCUAUGCCUACAGUCAGCAGAAAGGCAAAUUCGUGGAGUGGAAGGAGCGCGAGAUCCGUGGCGAGGAUACCAGCUACAAGACAUCGCUGAUCUACGUGGCCCAGGAGUACAUCACGGCCAUCGACGUGACCGUGCGCCGCAAUCUGGUGUACAACUUCCGAUCGCUGCUCUCCCGCGACGCCAAGGGUCAGGUCUAUGCGGGCAUCUACUUCCCGCUGGUGGCCAACGGCCAGGAGGCCUACCUCACCAUCUUCUACGACGGACCCAAUGAGCAGCGAGUGCGGACGAAGCUGAUGUUCAGCGCGUUUAAAGUGGGCAAGGGAAAGCUGCCGGACUAUGUGGGUCAACAUCUUAGCAGGCUGGCUCCGCAAUUGAAGAUGCCUCUGCCGGAACUGACCGAACUGUGCAAAUCCCUGGCCGAGGUGGUCACCGACCAGAGCUUCAUCAGCCAGGUGCUGGCCAUAAACGAUGACAUCGGCAACAUGUCCGUGGAGAAUUGACAGUUAAAGGAGCCUAAGGAUGUCGCUGCUACGGAAACGGAAACGAAGAUGGAGGAACAGGCGAUAAAAGACACUGACAACGCAGCUGCAACUUAGAGUUCCGAACCGUUGACCCUACUUUGAAUACUUUGUCCUUUCCACAGUAAUAUUCUUUUUAGUAGCAUAUAGGCACCUCUUACACCAGCACACACGAUUCAAGUAUAUAUUCAAUUUAGUCUAGUAUAUAUUUCAAAAUAUGUAUUCACCUAUAAACACGACAACACGCUCUAUAUGGUAAUCCCAACUGAAUUAUUUAAUCGAAAGCGAAACGAUAUUUUAUUCAAAAUAUUUAAAAGAAAUGCGCAAAGUCUAGACUUCAAUGUUUCGCUUAGGUUCUCUUAAUUUCAAACUAAGUAUAUACUUAUGCGCAACUAUAUAAUGGCAAAAUUAGUUAUAACUGGUAUCAAGGCAAAACAUAAAUUGUAAUUGUUGUACGAACAUAUUUCCGUUUAAACACUUAAAUGCACUGUACUAUUUCGGUUCAAUAAAUAAAUCAGCUAGCAAAAGUAAGAAGGUAU